AUAUGUACAGUAACCUUGAACAGGGGCAAACGUGCAUCAAUAAUUCAUCGAGCUAACCCCCCUUUUGUACCUAUUGGUAUAGUCCGUCCUCGUACUGUGCAACGACAGAACUGGACAGUUCCAUUUCGUUUCGUGGGGGGGGAGAAAGGAAAAAAAGGAAUGGAGUGUGUCUUAGCCAGGCUGAGGAAGACUCAACAAAAAGCGGUUGUGUUCUCUACCUCCGAUGCGGCCUGAGCAUCUCCAGUAACCGUGAAGAGGGGCGUUGGUGUCAAAUAAUUCAUCCCGCAUAACCCCUUUUUGGACUAGUUGGUACAGUCUGCCCUCGUAUUGUGCACGGAACUGGACGGUUCCAUUCUGUUUCGUGGGGGGGAGGAGAAGCAGGAAGAAAAGAAUGGAGCAUGGAAGGCGGCGGUGUCGCCGUGAAGAGGACGCGGGAGCGACGGCGGCAGAGAGAAGCAGGCGACUCCUCUGGGAAAAGGGAGCGGGACCAGGACGGUUCCCUUUCUCCUCCCGCUGGGAAGAGGCUGAGCUCUGGGGAAGCCCUGCAGGAACCGGAGCUCGAGUGCCUGGACAGUGAAGAUGAUCUGUUUGGAGAUUACGACAGCUUUUCUGGCGACAGUUCGUUGUUAGCUGAAGUAAACGAUUUAGAGCAAAAGUGCCUGCAGUCUAUUGACGGUGUCCCUGAUUACAAUAAACUAGACCACAAUACAGCUGUGAAACCAGUAUGUAGAGAUGUUCGGUUACAGAGCGACAAGAAUGUGGUCCAUACAUGUUCAACUGGGAAUGCUGUUAAGAAUUACAUAAGCAGAAAUGGCUGUGAUACUUUGGGGAUCGUGAAAGAGCAAGAGUGUCACACUUCAAAGCCUCUAGAUGAUAGUCUCGAAAGCCUGCCAGCAUCACAGCUUUUGUUUUUUAAAAAAUCAGAUGAAAACGGAAGAGAAGGAGCCUCCUGUAUGGAUGACAGUCGUGACAAGAUCUCAGAUCUCCUUUGCUGCAACAGGACAGAAGGUUUUAAAGAUACCGAAUCCUCUGCAAGUGCUUUGUCUGAACCAAGCAGGAGAAAGAGUCUCAAAGACCAUCUCAAAAACGCAAUGACUGGGAACGCCAGAACCUCGACUCCACUGGUGUCUAAAAGCAAGCUGCUCAAAGAAGCUGUUGUCUCUGAAGAGAUUGGUAUUAUUGAGAAAACAAGCAAUCCUUCCUUUGUUGAUAUUGGCCCUUUUUAUGGCUUACCCACCAAAGUCAAGGAGCUACUAUGGCAGUUCAGAGGAAUUGAUAAACUUUAUGACUGGCAGCAUGCUUGUUUGACAUUAGAAUCACUGCAACAGAAAAAGAAUUUAAUAUACUCUUUGCCAACCAGUGGUGGAAAAACUCUUGUUGCUGAAAUAUUAAUUCUUCAAGAAUUGCUCUGCAAGCAAAUGGAUGUUCUGAUGAUCCUGCCUUAUGUGGCUAUAGUGCAGGAGAAGGUUGGUGCGUUGUCAGGUUUUGGAAUGGAACUUGGUUUUCUGGUUGAGGAAUAUGCAGGAAGUAAAGGAAGAAUUCCUCCAAUCAAAAGAAGGCAAAAGAAAUCCCUGUAUGUUGCUACAAUCGAAAAGGGACAUAGCCUGGUGAAUUCCUUGAUAGAGACAGGUCGAAUUGGUGACCUCGGUCUAGUUGUAGUUGAUGAGUUGCACAUGCUUGGAGAAGGAAGUCGUGGAGCUAUUCUAGAAAUGACACUUGCAAAGAUUCUCUAUACAAGCAACACCACUCAGAUAAUUGGAAUGAGUGCAACUUUAAGUAACGUUGAAGAUCUGCAGCAGUUCCUGAAAGCAGAAUACUACACCAAUAAUUUCAGGCCAGUAGAAUUGAAAGAAUUUGUUAAAAUACAAGACUGCAUCUAUGAAGUUGAUAGCAAAGCAGAAAAUGGCCUUACGUUUUCCCGUCUUCUUGAAUUCAAGUAUUCCAGUAGUCUCCAGAAGAUGGACCCUGACCACCUUAUUGCAUUGGUGACAGAAGUCAUACCAAAAUAUUCCUGCCUUGUCUUCUGUCCCACUAAAAAGAACUGUGAAAAUGUAGCUGAAAUGAUAUGCAAGUAUCUGAGCAAAGACCAUAAAAAGCUCAAGGAGAAAGAAAAACGAGAUCUUAUGAAAGAUUUAACAAACAUAUGUAAUGGAAGACUUUGUCCAGUACUGAAGCGAACUGUUCCAUUUGGAAUUGCCUAUCAUCACAGUGGCCUUACCAGCGAUGAAAGAAAACGGAUAGAAGAAGCAUAUUCUUCAGGCAUUCUCUGUCUCCUUACCUGUACAUCUACGCUUGCUGCUGGGGUUAACUUGCCAGCUCGAAGGGUGAUUUUAAGAGCUCCAUAUGUGGCCAUGGAAUUCUUGAAGAAAAAUCAGUAUAAGCAGAUGAUUGGAAGAGCUGGUCGUGCUGGUAUUGACAAAGCUGGAGAAAGCAUUCUUAUAGUGCAAGAGAAGGACAGACAUCUGGUCCAAAAUUUAAUAUACAGUCCUCUGGAAAGCUGUUAUAGCAAACUCCUGACAGAGCUGAACAAGGGUAUCCGAAGCUUACUCUUAUCAUUGGUUGGAUUAAAGAUAGCAACUAAUUGUGAAGAGAUUUACCAGUUUAUGUGUAUAACCUUAUUUAAUGUCCAACCACAACUUCUGCCUGCAGAAAAGAGUUUACAUGAUGUAACCAUGGAAGUGUUGGAGUGGUUGAAAGAUAAUAAUCUCCUGAAAGAGAAAGCAGACUCUGACAGCAUACAAAAUUUUCAGCAUAAUCUAGAGAUCACCCCAUUGGGGCAAGCAACUUAUAAAGGUUCUGUUGAUCUGGCAUACUGCAAUGCACUUUAUGCAGACUUGAAGAAAGGACUGGAGGGACUAAUCCUUGAAGGCUGCCUUCAUUUACUGUACCUGACAAUACCAUAUGAUAUGAUUUCUCACUGUAGCCCAGACUGGAUGGUGUAUUUUAAAGAGUACAGUCAACUAAGUCCAGUAGAACAACAUGUAGCAGAUAUUGUUGGAGUGUCUGAGAGCUUUGUUAUGAAAAAAGCUUCAGGACAAGUCAUCAAAAAGGCUGUGGACAGCAGAACUGUCAAUAGGCUCUACUUGUCCUUCAUUCUUCUUUCCCUGUUGAAAGAGAACAACAUAUGGAAUGUGGCAGAAAAAUUUAACACAUCACGAGGAUUUAUUCAAACUCUUCUCAGUUCAGCUUCUUCAUUCUCCUCUUCAGUUCUGCAUUUCUGUGAGGAGCUGAAUGAAUUUUGGGUUUAUAAAGCAUUGUUGACAGAACUUACCAAGAGACUGAGCUACUGUGUUAAGGCAGAACUCAUCCCUCUUAUGGAGGUGACAGGUGUUUUAGAGGCCCGAGCCAAACAACUGUACAACUCAGGAUAUAAAACUCUAGCACACUUGGCUAAUGCAAACCCAGAAAUGCUGGUGAGGACAAUUGAACACUUGUCCAGAAGUCAGGCCAGGAAAAUAGUUUCAUCUGCAAAGAUGCUCCUAGCUGAAAAGGCUGAGGCUUUACAAGAAGAAGUUGAAGAAUUACUGAGAAUACCAACAGACAUUCCUUAAGGCUUCUUAAUCACUCUUAUACAUGAAUCUGAGAACUGAAAGAUGAAUUUCUGGCCUUUUUAGUUUUCUCCAAGCUGCUGUAUAUAUUCAUAUAAACUGCUGUAUAUAUGUAACUAAAUUUAUCUUAAUACAGUAUAAUAAACACUGAAAAAUUACUGAGAAUACCAACAGACAUUCCUUAAGGCUUUUUAAUCACUCUAGUACAUGAAUCUGAGAAUUGAAAGAUGAAUUUCUGACCUUUUAAUUCACUGCAAGCUGCUGUAUAUAUUCAUAUAAACUGUUGUAUAUAUCUAUGUAACUGAGCUUAUUUUAGUACAGUAUAAUAAACACUGAAAAAUUACUGAGAAUA